GCGCAGCGGCCAGGAGAGGGAGGAGGAGAGUCGACAGUCAUCUGAUUCUUUUCCUGUCCCACCCUCUACCGGACAGACGGAACGAGUUCACGGUAAACGGGCUCGACACACCACCCUCGGGAGCGUUUCUGAUCCGAGCGAAUGAAGACGAUCGACGCGCAGCGGAAGAAAGGACGCGACGCCAUUAAAGCAGCGAGACGCGAUCAGCUGAGCGCCUCUUCCUGACUCAGACGCAGAGAAACAAGUUCCAGAACCUGAGCAGAAGUUCAGAAACCGCCGAAAGGAGCCCCGCGAUGCUCGGUCCGGACGGAGAAACCUGACAACGCGACGCGACGCACGCGAGCGCGAGAGAGCUUUUCUGAGCGCGUUUGGCCGAGACCUGAAUUGGCUUUUCCUGCUAUUCUUCUUCUGAGCGCUUCCUGCUCGGGCAAAACCACAGCGAAGCAGCAGCUAAAAAUACUGACCUCUCAAUGGAGCGCUGAACGGAGUCCUCCUCAACUCUCCUGGACCGAUGCGUCUCCGCUUGCACCAGCCACUUGGAGCUUUAGAAGGACUUUGAGAUCUCGCUAAGUCAUGCUUUCGUCUCUUUGAACUCGUGUGACGUUUGUGACUGGUGUUUUCAGAGUAUGCUGGAAGAAAGGCUCUUGAAGUGACCACCCGUCACCGAUCUGGACCUUGGAGCGUCCAUUUACUCUACAUGAGGAUUGAUGUCUGAUGGAGACACGUUCACCGAUGAUCCGGGCAUACAGAGAUCUGGGGGAGAGAGGGGUCGUGACGUACCCACCUGAACUUCAACAACACAUUUCAUCUGAUUUCAACCCAAGCGCCUUAUAAACUCUCGAUGGAGCCGCUGAAGAACAUAUUCUCCCGCGGCCCGCUGUCCACCUGGAAGAGUCUGGAUCAGACUCAGAAGGGAAACUUCACCAACCCGGUUUGGACCGCUUUGUUCGACUAUGAGGCCUCGGGGAAGGACGAACUCACGCUGCGUAAAGGAGACCUGGUGGAGGUCCUGUCUCUGGAUUCGGAGAUAUCCGGAGACGAAGGAUGGUGGGCGGGAAAGGUCAACAACAAGGUGGGAAUCUUCCCGUCCAACUAUGUCUCCUUCAAGCCCAGUGGAUACGGUGAGCUGCAGGGCUCGGGUCUGGGACCGGCCGUGGUGAGCGAGCUGGAGCCGGACACGGUGGACUUCAGAGAGCUGAGUCUGGAGGAGGUCAUCGGGGUCGGCGGGUUCGGGAAGGUCUACCGAGGGACCUGGAAGGGCGAGUUGGUGGCCGUGAAAGCGGCCCGUCAGGAUCCAGACGAGGACAUCAGCGUCACGGCGCAGAAUGUCCAGAACGAAGCCAGGCUCUUCGCCAUGCUCAAGCACCCCAACAUCAUCGCACUCAUCGGUGUUUGCCUGCAGGAGCCCAACCUGUGUCUGGUCAUGGAGUACGCGUCCGGUGGCCCACUGAGCCGCGCUCUGGCCGGACGAAGGAUCCCGCCACAUGUGCUGGUCAACUGGGCGGUGCAGAUCGCCCGAGGGAUGCAGUACCUGCACAACGAGGCCAUCGUCCCCGUCAUCCACCGAGACCUCAAGUCCAACAACAUUCUGCUGGCAGAGCCUGUGGAGCAGGACAGCAUCGAGGGUAAAACCCUGAAGAUCACAGAUUUCGGUCUGGCGCGUGAGUGGCACAAGACGACGAAGAUGAGCACCGCGGGGACCUACGCCUGGAUGGCCCCGGAGGUCAUCAAAUCCUCCACCUUCUCCAAGGGCAGCGACGUCUGGAGUUAUGGGGUGUUGUUAUGGGAGCUGCUGACCGGAGAGGUUCCCUACAGAGGGAUCGAUGGUCUGGCCGUGGCCUACGGAGUCGCUGUGAACAAACUGACCCUUCCCAUCCCGUCCACCUGCCCCGAGCCCUUCACACAGCUCAUGUCCGAGUGCUGGGAUCAGGAUCCGCACCGCAGGCCCAGCUUCUCCUCCAUCCUGCAGCAGCUGACGGCUCUGGAGGAGCAGGUGAUGCACGAGAUGCCGCAGGACUCCUUCCAUUCGCUCCAGGAGGACUGGAAACUGGAGAUCCAGGACAUGUUUGACGAGCUGCGGGCCAAAGAGAAGGAGCUGCGGUGUCGUGAGGAGGAGCUGAAGCGUGCGGCACUGGAGCAGAAGUCUCACGAGGAGUUCCUGCGUCAGCGCGAGCAGCAGUUAGCGCAGUGGGAGCAGGACGUGUUCGAGCGCGAGCUAUCGCUGCUCAUCAUGCACCUCAACCAGAACCAGAAACCCAACGUCAAGAAGCGCAAGGGAACCUUCAAGAAACACAAGCUGAAGGGGAAGAACGGAGAGAAGAUCAGCAUGCCGCAGGAUUUUAUCCAUAAGAUCACGGUCCAGGCGUCUCCGUGUUUGGAGAAGAGGCGUAAUUCUCCGGAUCUGGGCUCGCCGUCCAUCGGUCCACGCUUCCGAGCGAUACAGCUGGGUCCCAGUGAGAGUAAGUGGAGCUCUGUUUGGCCGCUGGAGUCUCUUCCUCUCAAGCAGACCAACGGAGAGAGGAAAUUCACUCCUCAUCUGAGCCCCAAAAGCCCCAAGAGUCCAAAGAUCCUCCGUCUGAGCACACAGGAGAACAGUCUGUCAAUGAGAGCCAAACUCCUGGAGGUGGACAGUAACGAGGAUUCGAGAGCUGAUUUUGAGGAGUACAUACCCAUCACACCAGAGCCCAGCCACAAUGAGGGCUCAGAGAGUGAGGAAGGUGGCUUGUCUCCGUGCAGUUCUCCCAAACCGGAUCAGUCCGGGCCGGUCUGUCUGGGGAAGAGCACACACCGCGCUCUGCUCAGCAGCGCCGCCCUGCUGGCGUCUGUGGCUCUGGGUCACUGUCUGGAGCCGCAGCUCCCGCCCACACCGCCGCCGCGGGUCUCCUCACGGACACAGCUGUCCACCCUGGAGCCGGAGCCGGAGCCGGAGCCGGAGCCGGAGCCUGACCGCUCUCCAGGUCCAGAGGUGGUGGGGGAUCUGAUCACCUUCAGCACAGACUCACUGCCUCGAGGCUUUCUGGACUCACUGAAGCCGCCCGAGAUCAAGCCCCUGCCGCUCACGCCUCCACCGCCCAACCCACGGGACAGAGAGCGGCCGGGGCGCAGGACUGCCCCCCACUGGAGCGCACACGCUAACGGAGACGCAGAGGUGCCACAGCAGAGCGGAGAGCGCAGGAGGAGGUCCAGCUACGGACUCAACUCAUCACAUCUCAUGUUGGAUCUCCCGCUGUGUCAGGACACGUUCGAGGCCGAGGACAAGUCUCUGCUGCCGUUCGCCCUGUAUCCUGACCCUCGCUUGUGGAGCCCUAAAACCCGGCGUCUGGAGGUCAACAUCAUCCCUCGUCCGCGUCCGUCCCCUAACCGGCCCCGCAUCAACCCGUGGAGCUUCGUAUCGGCCGGCGUGACGGACAGAGCGGCCGCCAAGAGGGUCAUCAGCAGCCCCCCGAGCCCUCGACUGGCCUACCAGCCCUCGCCCACAAACCCCUUCACAAACUGUGACCCCUUCCCUUCCCCGGACUGUGACCCCUUUAAUCUGAGGGUCGACCCUUCCAUGAACUCGGACCACGCCUCGACCUUUGACCCCUUCUCAGCCCCGUUCCCCACCUCGCGCUCGGCGCCCUGCUCCACCAAUGGCAGUCCCAAUCUGUCCCUGCGGGUGGCGCCGCUGAACCCGGCCGACUCUCCGCUCUUAGACCUGAGCUGGAUGGGUGUCAGCCGGCCGCUCGACGGCCCCAAAGAGAGGGUCCAUCCUCACCGGAGCCUCGGCCUCAGUCCGUUCAGAUCCCCAGCGCCGCUCAGAGACGACCGGUUCUGAACACUGUCCCACAAACCAAGG